AUGGGCGUUUUAACGAAUCUACCGAUGUUGCUGGUCGGCGCAUUAAUGGUAGCACCGUCUGGGGCGGCAGUGAAAUCGAUUGCCGUUGGGGAUACCACGAUUGCAAUCCCGCUUACAGUCGCCGUCCUCGGGGCCAGCAAUUGUCUGAAGAAAGAUUGCGAUGAUCUAGGCCUUCGCUACGUUCUUGCGGCCAUCCAGCUGGCUUCAGCCGAGAUUGGGGACAUUGCGUCGGCUAACCUCACUGAUGUUGACAAUUCCACCAUCUCCGACUCGCUGCAAUAUUUCAACCCUUUAAAAACGACCCUUGUCAACAACCAAAAUGGAAAUCCGGUGGCCGCCGCCGCAUCGGCCGCCAAGACGGCUGAGCUCUCCUUGGUACUCGGCGUGUCGAAGAGCUGCAGCAUCGAGGUGUCGGCUACGGCCUACUACGAUAAAUUGACCCUGCCUGGCUCUGCCCUCUGCCUGUUACUACAAAAAUUCGGCUGGAAAAACGUGGGGAUGAUCGGGCCGUUGUCGUUGGACCAGUUCUACUCGAAUGUGCGCACGCUGUUGGGAACGGCUUUAACCGGAUGUGGCGUUAGUCAACUCCUCGAAUCACGCUAUGACCUCACCACCUCGACGGCCAAGAUCUCGGCAAAAAUUGUUCAGGACCUACAAGCGGCUCGAAUUUUUGUCGCAAUCGACCCGACCGGGCAGACGUGCCGUCACUUCCUGCUGACGCUCGUCCAGGAGGGCAAGCACGCGACUGGAGACUAUUUCCUGCUCUGCUACCUACAGUACAACUUGGUGCGCGCGUGGAUCGAUCAGCCGGACGUGGCGGUGAUGAUGGGAAAUGAGAAUUGCAUCACCGGCGCCCGGGACUACAUCGACUUCUCCGGGUUCGCCACCGGCGCCCUGAACAUCUACAGCAUUGCCAACUACACCAUUCCAACUGACGGCGCCAAUCAAUGGGGCAUUUGGCCGAUCGGCGGGAUCAGCGUCAAAGCGGACAACGACACGGCGCUGCCCCGCGACCGUUGGUUCAUCAUCGUCAUCUGCGGGGCCGUCGCCUUCAUCUGCGUCCUGAUCACGAUUGCCGCCUUACUGUAUCGCCGCUACCGUUUCGAGCGCCGUCUCCACUCCCUGGCCUUCCUCAUCGACCGGAAGGACAUCAUCCUGAAGCGCCACGUCAACAUCCUUUCCACUCGUAGCUUGCGCUCGAUUCACGAUUUUAAGGAUUCGUUUGUCGGGCACGACGCGAAGGGCAGCCACUUCCUGAUCGGUGAAUAUGGUUCCGGAGGCCCGGGAGGGCAAGGAGGAUUCCGUCGGGAUUCUAAAAUGUCGCAUCCGGGCAGCGUGGUGGGACCCGCUCCGAUGGAUGUUUUUGGCGAGAUUUUGGAUGCCGGACCAAUCAAGGAACAUGAGGAUCCGCUGGAUGCGAGGUGGAGCAAUAUUGACGGUUUCGCGGUGGGAAUGCACGAAGGGUCGCUGGUCGGGCUGAAAAGGGUGUGGAAGGAUGACGUCGAGCUGACCAGGGAGAUUCGGAAGGAGAUCAUUCAGAUCCAAGAAUGCUCCCACGAGAAUCUGCUGGCGAUGAAAGGGUUGAUGUUGCACACGCCGAACGUGUUCAUCGUCACCGAGAUGGCCAACAGGGGCUCUUUGAAGGAAAUCCUGGACAGUGAUCAGCUACAGCUUGAGCCGGCCUUCUUCUACCAGAUGAGCAAGGAUAUCGUGACGGGUCUCGAAUUCUUGCACAGCUCGGCGUUGGGGUGCCACGGGAGGCUGAAGUCGACGAAUUGCUUGAUUGACUCUCGCUGGAUGGUGAAACUGUCUUCGUUUGGGCUUCGCCAGCUUCGGGACAAUGAAGAAGAUAAUGAAGCCUGGGAUCAAAGCCAACUCUGGACUGCCCCCGAACUACUGCGCUGGAGCACCAACUUAUCGCAGUACUCCUCGCUGUUGUUGGCCAAGGCCGACAUCUACUCGUUGGCCAUCAUCCUCUACGAGAUCUUCGGACGUGCCGGGCCUUGGGGCGACGAGCCGCUGUCUUCGUCAGACAUCGUAUCCCGGCUGAAAAAUCACGAUAAUGGCGGGGACAAGAAGCCGUUCCGCCCGGACAUGGCCACGAUUAAGGAAGCUCCACAAAUGGUGCGCGAGAUGGUGAGCGCCGGUUGGGCGGAGGAUCCGCUCUCCCGCCCGACGGCUACGCAAUACAAGAAGAAGCUGAGGGUGUUGACUUCUGGGAUGUGGGUUUCAUUAAUGUGUAAAUACGCUGUAUGGAGGCGUGACUUCAAGGUACCUUUAAAAUGG